AUGCUCGCCCUCCUCACCCUCGCCCUGGCCGCCGCCGGUGCCCAUGCCGCAAACACAACCACCACCCUCACUCCCAUCCUGCGGCCCGAGUGCGACAAGAAGGACCCGGCCAACCUUGUGCCAUCCAACAACGUCACGCUCAGCUAUGGCGCCGCAGAUUCGAGUCUCGUGAGCGUUGUGUUGGCCAUGAAGUACCCCUCGGUCGUGCUUGAGGAGGUUGCCGCCGUUGCCGCCGUCGUCUGUGCGGGCGCCAGCAUCACCGUUACCUUUAACGAGACGGCUGCUUUCGAGCAGACGUCGCAGCAGUGGCAGGCACUUGACGACUUCGUCAUGAUCACCAACCACUUGGGCAACUGCGACGCUGCAAAUGAGCGUGGUUUCUUCAUGGUUGACACCAUCACCUGGGACGAGGCCUCGCUCAAGGUCGUCGCCAACGCGCACAAGAGUGACGUCGCCAACACGGCUACUUCGACUGAGAUCUCUUUCUCCAACGUUCCCGUCCAGAACCCUGCCAAGCGCGACAUCUCGACGGACGAGAACGGCCUGCACAUCACCAACACCCUCGCGCUGCCCUCGGCGACGACCCUCUUCACCUACGACCCCUACGUUGCCAUCACCGCCGACGAGGCCUCGCUCACCUCCAACAUGACCUUUUCCGGCAAGCUCAAGUACACCGUCAUCCCGCCCAAGGUCGAGCAGCUUGAGCUCGACAUCGACACCUACUUCGGUGCCGACCUCGGCCUGACCGUCGACGUCAAGGCGCCCUACUCUGGCAACUUCACCUACGACCCGGAGGACCUUGGCUACAACUUCGUGGACAUCCCCGGUAUCAUCAAGCUCGGUCCCGCCCUGGGCUUCGCCAUCGGCGUCGAGCUCGAGGCGGAUGGCGCAGCGAGCAUCACCACGGACUUUGGCCUUACCUUCCCCGACGCCAAGAUCCACCUUGACCUCGUCAACUCCGCCGCAACCUCCGCCACGGGCUGGGACCCCGUCUGGACCGCAAACGCCAACAUCUCCGAGAAGGCCGCCGUUGGCGUGAACCCCUACGUCGACUUGGGCGUCGAGCUCGUCUUCGAGAUCCUCGGCAAUGCGAUCAGCCUCAGCUCCGGUGUGACCACGCGCUCGAAGCUGGUCAACGACUUCAAGCUGUCUGCGAGCCAGGAGGCCGGCACCGGUGGUGUGGGCAUCGGCCAGGACAACACGGGUUGCCAGGAGGGCUUCUCCAUUAAGAGCGAUUUCUUCUUCAGCGUCACUGGCUUUGCCACGCAGUGGUGGUCGCAGGAGCUUUACAACGUUGAGGUUCCUGUUGCGGACGAGUGCUACACUUGGUUGUAA